CAUUACCCAUUCAAGCCAUCUCCAAGCAUUAUUAGUCUCAAAGUGGGUUCCUCAUCAUCGAAGAAGAACAGUAUAUUCAACAGAUUACCAGAAAUAUGAAAAAAAAACAUUUUACCAUUGGUUGAUAAGUUGAAGCUAUAUCUAAAUGAUUAUAUAUCACAAGUUAAAUAUUAAGAGCUUCACUAUGGUUAUCUUAAUAAAUUUGAGUAGUUUUAUGCUUUAAAACUGCAGAUAGUGUUCUUGUAUUUACUUGUGCAAACAAAUAUCUUGAAUAUUUUAUUUUGGAUAGUAAAAACAAUUUAUGAGCCAAACUGAUUACAUUAUUAUCAACUUUUGAAAAUUCAUCUUUUCAAUUUGUAAACAACUUCAAAAGACUGUCAUACACUACCAAUGUUUUUUUUUCCUGUUCUCAAAACUGUUCCAUUGCUUCAGUGCUAUGUUGGCAUAUUUCAUUCCAGGUAAAUCCAUUGAAUUAUGAAAGUUCUUUUUAUGUUACUAUUAGUCAUGCAUUUGUUUCUCAAAAUAAUUUUUUGCUCGGCUAGUAGUUUCACAGUUUUUGCCAAUAAGGAAGUUUCAUGUCACUCCUUAGUGUUUUCAUCUUAGCGCAAUGACUUAUUAGGCAGCCAAUGCAAGCUGCAAGGAAUGUAUCAAGCCAGUGAAAAUUGAGAAAAAACCAGGGAAGACAUCAGCUAUUAGAAUUGGUGAAGAUGGAAAUUAUAUGCAAGUUUCUGAGGGAGGUAUGGAAAUUAAACUGAAGAAAGCCAAGAUUACACUGAAUGACUGCCUUGCUUGUAGUGGAUGUAUUACUUCAGCAGAGAGUGUGUUGAUAACCCAACAGAGUCAGGAAGAAUUGAACAAAGUGUUGAAAGAAAACAGAGUGCUAAAGGAGAUGAAUGAAGAAGAAAAACAAAAAAUUGUAGUUGUAUCCAUAUCACCUCAAGCCAGAGCUUCUUUAGCUGCUAAAUACAAACUUACUACUCCAGAAGCAGCAAAGAAAUUAACAGGGUUUUUCAAGAGUAUAGGAGUCCAUUACGUGUUUGAUACCACAUUCUCACGUAACUUCAGUUUAAUUGAGAGUCAACGGGAAUUUGUUCGUAGGUAUAGAGCUAAAGAUAUUCAACCUGGAUCAAUCCCUCUUCUAACUUCAGCAUGUCCAGGCUGGAUUUGUUAUGCAGAAAAGACACAUGGGGAUUAUAUUCUACCCUACAUAAGCACUGUUAAGUCCCCACAGCAAGUAAUGGGCUCUCUUGUGAAAUAUCAUCUUGGUCCAUUGCUGGGAAAAUUAUCAAACCAGGUCUACCAUGUUACCAUCAUGCCCUGCUACGAUAAGAAACUGGAAGCUUCACGACAAGAUUUUUACAAUGAUCUGUACUCCACAAGAGAUGUAGAUUGUGUUAUUACUUCAAUUGAAGUAGAGUCAAUGUUAGAAGCUUCUGGCAUUUCUCUAGCAGACAUUGAACCUGUUGAACUAGAUACGCUUUAUUCCAGUUUAGAUGAUGGUAAUCCAACCAAUCACUUUGGCUCUGGUUCUGGUGGGUAUUGUGAACAUGUCUUUACUUACGCAGCUGCCGAGCUAUUUGGAGAAUACUCUACAGAUCUGACAUUUAAAACUCUUAGAAAUCAAGACUUCAAGGAAUUAACAUUAGAGAAGGAUGGAGCUAUUGUUCUGAAGUUCGCAGUUGCCAACGGUUUCAGAAAUAUUCAGAACUUGGUACAAAAAAUAAAAAGAAACAAGUGCUCUUACCAUUUUGUGGAAAUUAUGGCUUGUCCAUCAGGAUGUCUCAAUGGAGGUGCUCAGAUUCGGCCAGAAGGAGAAGAAUCACUGAAGGAUCUAGUUGCUCGGGUUGAAAAGCUGUACAAAUCUUUAAAGAACAGUAAACCAGAGGAAAAUACUAAGAUACACGAGUUGUAUGAGGAAUGGUUAGGAGGAAUAGACACAGAAAAGACUCAUAAGUUAUUACAUACACAGUAUCAUGCAGUAGAAAAAAUGUCUAAUGCUCUGAAUAUUAAGUGGUGAAUUAUUAUUCUGUUCUAUAUAAUCUUGUAAAUAACCAAGAAAGAUUAGUUAUAAAAUAUUUUGCAAAAGUGAUUUAAAAGA